GUUCCUUCUGCAUUCUUGCAAUUGGCCGCUAACAGCAACUCAUUGACAUGAUUGGCAGCCCGACCUCUUCCGGGUAAGAUGGCGGCUGUGAGAGCGCUGAGGAGCUGCAGCCGGUCAUUAGGUCGUCUGACAAGUUUUAGACAGCUGACCUCAAACAACCGUUUUUUACUAGUAACAACAUGCGACCCACAGCCUCAUUUUGUGACCCAGCCGCCUUUACAGCUCAGAUACUUCAGAAGUGCCUCUGCUUUACAUGGUCAGAUUGUACAAUUCAAGUUGUCAGACAUCGGAGAAGGAAUCACAGAGGUCAUAGUGAAAGACUGGUAUGUGAAAGAAGGGGACACAGUCUCCCAGUUUGAUAGUAUCUGUGAGGUACAAAGUGACAAAGCCUCGGUCACCAUCACCAGCCGCUAUGAUGGGGUUAUUAAAAAGCUGUAUUACAAUGUGGAGGACACGGCACUAGUUGGGAAGCCUUUGGUGGAUAUUGAUACAGAUGCUUUGAAAGAUGUGGCCUCUGAUGAGGAUGUUGUAGAAACACCUGCAGUUUCUCAAGAGCAUACACACCAAGAAAUAAAGGGACACAAGACCCUUGCCACGCCAGCCGUGAGACGCCUCGCUAUGGAGAACAAUAUAAAACUAAGUGAAGUAGUGGGCAGUGGACGGGAUGGACGUAUCCUAAAAGAAGACAUUCUUAGCUUUUUGGCCAAACAAACAGGCGCCAUAUUGCCACCUUCUCCUCAAAUGGAGAUCACACCACUUCCUCCAAAAGCAGAGAUUUCUGAACCAUUUAAGAAAGAAGUAACUUCCAGCAUUCCGGUUCUCGUUACCAAACCCAUCACAUUCUCAGGAAAGGAUGUCACAGAGCCCUUGAAAGGGUUCCACAAAGCCAUGGUGAAGACUAUGUCGGCAGCAUUACAAAUUCCCCACUUUGGUUACUGUGACGAGGUGGAUAUAACCAGGCUUGUUCAGCUCAGAGAGGACCUAAAGCCUGUGGCUGAAUCUAAAGGGGUCCGUCUGUCAUUUAUGCCUUUCUUCCUGAAGGCAGCCAGUCUGGGCCUUCUGCAAUAUCCAAUACUUAACGCCUCACUGGAUGAACACUGUAGAAAUAUCACUUAUAAGGCAGCUCACAACAUUGGGAUUGCUAUGGACACACACCAGGGUCUGAUCGUCCCUAAUGUAAAGAAUAUACAAGUCCGGAGUAUAUUUGAGAUUGCUGCUGAGCUGAACCACUUGCAGAGCCUGGGAGCCACAGGGCAACUGGGGGCCACAGAUCUCACUGGGGGCACAUUUACCCUAUCCAACAUCGGUUCGAUCGGUGGUACAUAUGCAAAGCCUGUUAUUCUGCCUCCAGAAGUGGCAAUCGGAGCCAUUGGAAAACUACAGGUAGUUCCAAGGUUUGACACUAGGGGGCAGGUUGUGAAAGCCCAUAUUAUCAACAUCAGCUGGUCUGCAGAUCACAGGAUUAUUGAUGGAGCAACCAUGUCCCGGUUCUCUAACCUAUGGAAAUCCUACCUGGAGAAUCCAUCCUCCAUGCUUCUAGAACUGAAAUGAAAAUCAUAUAAAGUGCGGAGCGGGUACAAUAUACAAUACGUCAAUCUAUUUUCCUCCUCAGUAGGAGACGCCUCAGCCUAACUGACUUCUCCCUGUCCUAUGGACAAAUGUGUAUGAGACAGAACAAUUUAACGUCAUCCAGACUGUGCACAGGUAAAAUCUGUAGCACUUAUAACUCUACAAAUAUAUAUGCAGCAUUGGUACAACUAAGCUAGUACUUUACAGAGCUUUGUCAGGCCAUUCAGCAGCAACAGUGUUUAAGUGGACAUCAGGGACUCCGGCAAAAUAAGUAAGAUUAACUGUACAGAUGCAGUGUUUCAAGGUGACUUAUUUCAGAUGCCCCCUUUAAGCUGCUGAGUCCAGCUAAAUGUUCUUUAUAAUGUGUCUUCUGACACCAAAAUUGGUUUAUCCAUGUGUGUAAUGUUUGUCGGGUUUUCCCAGAGGAAACAUUUUAUCUACAAUGACUGAGCCAAUUCCUGUAUUUUGUGUGUGAACCUUUGAGAAAAGAGACAGGGAGAGGUAAUAAACUACAGUGUUGCGGUCUGUUGCAAUGUUCAUCUGUAUUGGGAUUACAGGUCAUUAAAAUGAAACUUCAUCCCAGACUGUUACACUACAUUAAGAUCAAUCAGCACAUAGAAUGAAUGUGUGGUUUAGUACUAUGGGCAAUGUGUAAAUUAUUAUAUGUACAGACUCGCACUCCAUGUACCCAUAAUGCCCAGUGCUGCUGUUGUAUCAAAAUAAAAUUGGGAUUGUUGUACAAUA